UUUCGCCCAUGUGUGACGGUUUGGGACUUAAGCUACUUUGUGCACUGCCACGCAAACGCACUCUGCGAUCGUUGAGCCCGUGUGCUGUCUAUCUCACCCUUUAGCUCUAGAUUAGCCAUAUUCAUAGGUUUACCAACGCCCCCUCACUCUGUCAUUCUCUCUGACUCUAUCCCCGGCACAGGUUCAAGGCUAUCUUUACCCUGACGUUGUUCGUGUUUUUAUCCCGGACAGUAUUUUACUUAGUUAAAAUUUAUUUUUGACAGAAGUGCGCACAGAUGGAGGACUAUCACAAACCCGACCAGCAGACCCUGCAGGCGCUUAGGAACAUCGCCAACCGGCUCAGGAUCAAUUCUAUCAAGGCUACAACUGCCGCAGGCAGUGGGUAAGCACCAUGCUUUAAAGAAUGCUUCAAAAUAAAAAGAAAUGUGCGAUAUGAGGUGUCCAUGCAGACUAUGUGAUAGGUUUACAUGCGUAAUGUCCAUGGCUCGGACAUUGUGUGCGUGUAUUACGCAUCGCUCCAGAAAAGGCUACUGUUCUUAAUUUUACCCUUACAAUGCCAUCCAUUUGGCAUUAAUAUUUGACAUGAAUAAAAUGUGGGUUUUAAACCAUGCUAUUACAUAUAGAUGUAGAUAAAAUAUGCAGCAAUUUUGUUGUCUUAUUAUGUUGUAAUAGACUACUCGUUGCAGGUGCAUUGAUACAUUAUUUUCGAUUGUGCAGUAACGUAACGGUAUGCCUUUUUAUCUUUGAAUGCAUAUUUUUUCUGGUUAUGUAAGAUGAGAGCGAAAACUCAUUCAAUCUGAUUCAAUAAUGAAUGGGUCGUUACACGUGGUGGCGACGUGGGGUUCGUCCGCUGCAACCAAAGGGACCGCGUUAGUGCCUUCCUCUUCGCAGAGCGAAACGAUUGUUGACGGGCUGAUUGAUGCUUGUCGGGCCGCCGGGACCUGGACAAUCACCGACCAAUGCCCUCCCUUUCUAUAAUUAUUUAUUCAGGCUUGUCCUUGGUAUAUAUUUUUUCGGCACACGAUAUUGGGGAAAGAGAAAUGACAGAUAGGAGUAAAUGUUGUUAGAACAAAUGUAGUUUAUAUUUUGAGACAUUAAUUCAUUCGAUUUUCUUAUUUCCUUAGGCCUAUUUAUUACAGUAUAGUAAACAGCUCACAUAAAAUAUGCUAUUAGAGCCAUAAUAACCAGGGACAACAACCCUUUAAUAAAUGUUUCUACAUUUAUUUAUCUGUUUAUUGAUGAUUUAAUUCAAUAAAUAUUUCAUUUAUUCAUUGUCUGUUUUGACCACCUUUCUGUUUCAGGUUGAAUUAAAAAAAUAUAUAUAUAUAAACAAAUUCUGGUGGGUACCUGGCACCUGUGCUAUGGUGAAGUAUUACAAAUGGGCAUGCACUGUUUGGAAUCUCAAUAUGUUAUAGAUGCUUUCAAAAAAACCUUGUUAUAUUGAUGUCUUUUGCAUUUUGCUUCAAGCAUGGAGUUUUGGCAAUAAACAAAAUAAGUGCUUUUGUGGUCUGCUGUAAUAAAACUGUCUAAAGUGUUGGGUAACUGUCUAACCCUGACUGAAUGUAUUGAAGAGGGUCUGCCCUAUGUAACAGGCAAAUAGAGGAUUGAUUGUUGGGAAUUACAGUGAGGGAAAAACGUUUUUGAUCCCCUGCUGAUUUUGUACGUUUGCCCACUGACAAAGAAAUGAUCAGUCUAUAAUUUUAAUGGUAGGUUUACUGAACAGUGAGAGACAGAAUAACAACAACAAAAUCCAGAAAAACGCAUGUCAAAAAUGUUAUAAAUUGAUUUGGAUUUUAAUGAGGGAAAUAAGUAUUUGACCCCCUCUCAAUCAGAAAGAUUUCUGGCUCCCAGGUGUCUUUUAUACAGGUAACGAGCUGAGAUUAGGAGCACACUCUUAAAGGGAGUGCUCCUAAUCUCAGCUUGUUACCUGUAUAAAAGACACCUGUCCACAGAAGCAAUCAAUCAAUCAGAUUCCAAACUCUCCACCAUGGCCAAGACCAAAGAGCUCUCCAAGGAUGUCAGGGACAAGAUUGUAGACCUACACAAGGCUGGAAUGGUCUACAAGACCAUCGCCAAGCAGCUUGGUGAGAAGGUGACAACAGUUGGUGCGAUUAUCCGCAAAUGGAAGAAACACAAAAUAACUGUCAAUCUCCCUCGGCCUGGGGCUCCAUGCAAGAUCCCACCUCGUGUGUUUGCAAUGAUCCUGAAAACGGUGAGGAAUCAGCCCAGAACUACACAGGAGGAUCUUGUCAAUGAUCUCAAGGCAGCUGGAACCAUAGUCACCAAGAAAACUAUUGGUUACACACUACGCUGUGAAGGACUGAAAUCCUGCAGCGCCCGCAAGGUCCCCCUGCUCAAGAAAGCACAUAUACAGGCCCGUCUGAAGUUUGCCAGUGAACAUCUGAAUGAUUCAGAGGAGAACUGGGUGAAAGUGUUGUGGUCAGAUGAGACCAGAAUUGAGCUCUUUGGCAUCAACUCAACUCGCCGUGUUUGGAGGAGGAGGAAUGCUGCCUAUGACCCCAAGAACACCAUCCCCACCAUCAAACAUGGAGGUGGAAACAUUAUGCUUUGGGGGUGUUUUUCUGCUAAGGAGACAGGACAACUUCACCGCAUCAAAGGGACGAUGGACGGGGCCAUGAACCGUCAAAUCUUGGGUGAGAACCUCCUUCCCUCAGCCAGGGCAUUGCAAAUGGGUCGUGGAUGGGUAUUCCAGCAUGACAAUGACCCAAAACACACGGCCAAGGCAACAAAGGAGUGGCUCAAGAAGAAGCACAUUAAGGUUCUGGAGUGGCCUAGCCAGUCUCCAGACCUUAAUCCCAUAGAAAAUCUGUGGAUGGAGCUGAAGGUUCGAGUUGCCAAACGUCAGCCUCGAAACCUUAAUGACUUGGAGAAGAUCUGCAAAGAGGAGUGGGACAAAAUCCCUCCUGAGAUGUGUGCAAACCUGGUGGCCAACUACAAGAAACGUUUGACCUCUGUGAUUGCCAACAAGUACUAAGUCAUGUUUUUUGAGGGGUCAAAUACUUAUUUCCCUAAUUAAAAUGCAAAUAAAUGUAUAACAUUUUUGACAUGCAUUUUUCUGGAUGUUUUAGUUGUUAUUCUGUCUCUCACUGUUCAAAUAAACCUACCAUUAAAAUUAUAGACUGAUCAUGUCUUUGUCAGUGGGCAAAUGUACAAAAUCAGCAGGGGAUCAAAUACUUUUUUCCCUCACUGUAGUGUUAAUGCUUUAUUACAGUUGGUACACAGACUAAUGUAGGCUUACCCCAGCACUCAAUGAAGAAUGAAUAUCAGAGUUGAAGUCUGGGUGAUCAAGUAGAGCUGAAGAUGCCUUUGUUUCCUUUGAUGCUCCAACAGUGUGUGCGUCUUGUGUGAAGUCUUGGCUCUGACUGUCAAUGUGUCUGCAUGUGUGUCUACUGGAAAUAUGGGAGGACCAUGUAAUAGUCUAUACUGAUUGUAGGUCAUUUAGUGUGUGUGUGACACUUUCCAGCUAUACACUUCAGUGUGAUCUGAGCACGUGGAGGUGUGUGUUUAUUUGUGCAUGUGUCAGUCAGAGCCCUGCUCUGACCCCUUGUCCUGUCCUCUCUGGCCUCCAGACACCCCACAUCAUGCUGCAGUGUGGCAGAGAUCAUGUCUGUGCUCUUCUUCAACACCAUGAAGUACCGCCCUGAGGAACCCCGGAACAUCAACAGCGACCGCUUCGUCCUCUCCAAGGUACCACUCUCACCCCGUCUAGACAUCCCUAACCACUAAACCUCCCUCCAGGGGAAUACAGGCAUCCCAGGCCCAGAUAGUGGUAAAACGUUUAUAUGCACAGUGUGAAGGCUUCCAAAGGUGCACUUUCCCUUAUUCAUUUGAAGUGAUUUAACCUUAAUGGCUCUGUGCUCAACCUGUUUAAAUUCUAUGUUAUUGAGUUUGUGAUAAAGUAUGUGUGAGUGUGCCGUCUGCCAAAUCCAUUCUAAAGCAGUGCCUACAUGUUCACCUCUAAGGUAAGGCCUACUGUAGUAGCUAAGCUCCUCCCCUUCCUUAAUGACCUCAUCAGCCUCAUUGGACAGAUGUGGGACACGUCUUUCAGUGCCCACCUGGGCAUCAGACUCAGUUCAAUCAAGUUUGUCAGAGUAGAUUGUCAGAGUGGUUAGAGCCCUUAGCCAGCACCAGGGCUCUGUAUCAAACUAAUUUCAUUUCCAAGAAACGACCUGAUGAAUUGAUGGAAAGCUGUAUAUUCAUAGGAUUUUAACCAGUCAGAUUGCAUUGGCCAGUCUGUGCUGGGAAGAGCCAGCCAUAUGAUUAGAGUUUUUAAAGGCCCAAUUUGUAGAGUAAGCAUGUAACCUGGUGCAGGGACCUGGGACCUUUAGGAGACAGACUGGGAGGCGGGAAUGUAAUCCUAUUGGGACUACUGGAAUAUCAUUCAUUUGGAGGUGUGGAAGGAAGAACGUUUGGGAUGAGUUUCUCAAUCCCAGAAGUGAAAGUGGUCCAGGCACAGAGUGUGAUACUGUAUGUGAGAGUCUAACAUAGGGAAUAACAGCUAUACAAGGUGGUUGCAGUGAAUGGUUGAAGUUUGUUUACAAUAGCUAGGGUCCAUUGUGUAUGUUCUGUCUGCAUAACUUGUAUCUGUGUGACUGUUCUCUCUCUCUCUCUAACUCUCUCUAACUCUGUCGCUCCCUCUCUUUAUCUCUCUCUAACUCUGUCUCUCUCUCCCUCUCUCUCUCUCUCUCUCUCUCUCUCUCUCUCUCUCUCUCUCUCUCUAACUCUCUCUCUCUAACUCUGUCUCUCUCUCUCUCUCUCUCUCUCUCUCUAACUCUGUCUCUCUCUCUUUCUCUAACUCUGUCCCCCUCUCUCUCUCUCUCUCUCUCUCUCUCUAACUCUGUCCCGCUCUCUCUCUCUCCUCCAGGGUCAUGCAGCCCCGGUGCUUUACGCGGUGUGGGCCGAGACAGGCUACCUGAAGGAGAGCGAACUGCUCAACCUCCGUAAGGUCGACUCCAUCCUGGAGGGACAUCCUGUGCCGGUGAGAACAGGAUCAGGAAGUGACCUAUCAAUCCACAUGACACAACCUUGUUUGGCCCACAAAUAAUCUCUUCACUCCACUAACCCAGCGAGAGUCAGCCUUUCAAAAGCCUGGCUUAUCUUUAGCCCUUUCUUCUUCAGACCCAUUCACCCAUGACUGUUUGUUACCUGUGGUCUCUUCUGAACUACAACUAACAUGGUCAAAUGUAUCCUCCAAAGCCAUACUUGUCUCUUUUUCAGAGCACUGGUAUUCCCUUGUUGAAGAGAGGAAGUCUGAGCACACAACAUACACUAUAUACUGUAGUGUAGAGUGUAUGUCACAAAGCUGUGCUUGUGUGACAGAGACAGGCUGUCCAAGGCCCCUUUUGUGUGCACGCAGAGUAACUUCCUAGUAAUGCCAUGCUCUGUUCACACACACUGAUUCCCUCAAUGGAUUCAGUGUCUCUUCAUAUAAUGCUUACACAUUGAUUUACCCUGUUGAGCUGUUAAUAUGACCACUGAAUGAAUGUGUAUAUUUAAGGAAGUGUGUUUGAGAGGAAGUGUGUGUUUUGUGGACAGUAUGUGAUUUUGAUGGUAAUGAGACUGAAUGUGGGUGUGUUUUGGCUGAGCAGGUAGUCUUUGUGUGGGAUUAGUUGAUGUCUGCGCAAUUUAACAGUAUAAUUGAUGUAAUGUUUGAUGACUUUGAUGAAUGUGUGUUUGUUGGUGUAAUGCAGGUUUAUUAUGUGCUGUGAUGUGUUUGUGUAAUGUCUAACAUUUGUGUGUGUAAACAGAAACAGCAGUUUGUGGAUGUGGCCACCGGCUCUCUUGGACAGGGUCUGGGGGCUGCCUGCGGGAUGGCCUACACUGGGAAAUACUUUGACAAGGCCAGGUGAGACCAUACUCCCACAUACACACCUCUGUACAUAAUAUGGACUUUCGCAUAGAACUCAGUGAGAUGCUCGACACCCCUCUAAGGUCAUGCUUUAGUUGCGUGGUCAUACGUUGUCUGGCUAUACAAGAACACACAGAGAUAGACCAACACACAAAUAAUCAGAUACAUAGCAUAGACAAAGGGAAGUAAGCACAAGGAAAUAUAUGCAAUUAAAUACAUCAGAUACACCUACUAUGAACAUAUACUGUGAUACUCUCCCACACAUAGGCAUAGAGUGGCCCAUUCAUAGACAAAGGCAUGCAUGGACACAAUACACACACCUAUACUCAUGGUGCACACUCUCUGCAAACAAUAACUCAACCUGACAUCUGACAUUUCAGCUCCCCUAAGGAGAGUAGAUGCAAGCUGACAGCCAUAGCUGGUCUUGUAUGUAGGGGCGUGGAGAGAGGCUGGCCGUUUCACUACUGAACAUGGUUUGGAAGCCAGCUUCUUUAUUAUGCACGACGAGUUCUAGAAUGGCCAUGUGAACACUGGCAGACAAUGGAGCCUGGAAUGCUGUCUAUGGCAAUCUGCAUAUGACAAAGCAGAUUCCCCUUCAUAUCUGAAUACAUAGACAAAGCUAUAACAGUAGAGGAUAGCUGUGCUGUACUUUGGGGUUAGGGAUAGACUUUGAAAAACGUUUUAAUAUUUUUUUGUUUUGUUGCUAUUCUCUGGUUUCAUUUUCGGACCGCAUAACAAAGCAGUCUGCCGUAGAAUGUAUACGUGUGAUGGGUUGGCUGCGCCUUCUCUGCAUUUUGUGUUCAGUCAAUUCUUCUGCUCUAAUAAUCAGGGCUGCGAGAGAGCCACUCUCUUUUGCUCUUCUCACUCCCUUAUCUCUCUCACUACUAACCCUUGCUUUGUUUGUUAUUUUUCAUAUUAUGUCUAUCUCUGAUAAGCUACUCAGGAAAGGGCAAAAAAUGGUCCAUAUUAAUAUAUGUAGCCUUAGAAAUAAGGUUCAUGAAAUCAAUAACCUUCUAACAUCAGAUAACAUUAAUAUAUUAGCCAUUUCUGAGACUCACUUAGAUAAUUCCUUUGAUACAGCAGUAGCAAAACAAGGAUAUAACAUCUACAGAAGAGACAGGAAUGCCUAUCUAGAUAAUGUGUGUGAAAUGCUUGAUAGUGUAUGUGAUGUAAACAGAGAAGUCUACUUUCUUGGGGACCUGCAUAUUGUCUGGUUUUCAUCAAGCUGUCUGCUCAAGAGGAAGGUUCUCACUGUAACCAGUGCCUGUAAUCUGGUUCAGGUUAAUGAUCAACCUACCAGGGUAUUUACAAACACUACAGGAACUAUCAACAUGAACUAUCAACUAUAUCAUGUAUUGAUCACAUUUUUACUAAUACUGUAGAACUUUGUUCUAAAGAUGUAUCCGUACCCAUUGGAUGCAGUGAUCACAAUAUAGUGGCUAUAUCCAGGAAAGCCAAGGUUCCAAAAGCUGGGCAUAAAAUAGUGGAUAAGAGAUCAUAGAGAAGAUCUUACUGUGACUCUUAUGUGGAUGAUGUAAACAAUAUUUGUUGUUGUGAUUAAUAAGGAGCAUCUAGACACUGCACUUGAUGAUGAGAAGGGGCAAAAGGAGUAGCUAGAAAGUCUGGCUGCACAUCUGACUGGCUGACUUACUGCAAAUUGAGACAUGAUGUGACUAAACUAAACAAAAAGAAGAAACUGUAUUUUGAAGCCAAGAUCAAUGAUUUAAAGAAUGAUGGGGAAAAAACUUUAAAUUAAAUGAUGGUCUGAAAAACAAAUUCAACUCAAUUUUUCAUCAAAUCAGAUGGCUUAUUCAUCACAAAGCCAUUUCAUGGUGCCAAUUAUUUGAAUGAUUACUUAAUUGGCAAAGUGGACAAACUUAGGCAGGAAAUGUCAACAACAAACAGUGAGCCAUUAUAUUUGUGCAUUAAAAAAACGAAUAAUGAAAAAAGAAUUGUAAUUUUGAAUUUUGUAAAGUUAGUGUGGGAGAGGUGGAAACAUUAUUGUUAUCGAUCAAUAAUGACAAACCUCCUGGCAUUGACAACUUAAAUGGAAAGCUACUGAGGAUGGUAGCUGACCAUAUAGCCACUCCUAUAUGUCAUAUCUUUAAUCUGAGCCUAGAGGAAAGGGUUUGUCCUCAGGCCUGGAGGGAAGCCAAAGUCAUUCCGCUACCCAAGAAUGGUAAAGCGGCCUUUACUGUUUCUAACAGCAGACCUAUCAGCUUGCUGCCAGCUCUUAGCAAAACUGUUGCUGUAAACAAAUUAAUAACAGACUUUCAGCAUGCUUAUAGAGAAGGGCAGACAACAUGUACUGCACUGACACAAAUGACUGAUGAUCGGUUGAAAUAAAUGUAUAAUAAGAUUGUGGGAGGUUGUGGGAGCUGUACUGUUAGAUUUCAGUAACGCCUUUGAUAUUAUUGACCAUAACCUGUUGUUGAAAAAACUCUCCCAAAUCUGUUGUUGAAAAACCUCUCCCAUAUGUGGAUUCAGAGCUAUCUAGCUAAUAGAACACAGAGUUUUCUUUAAUGGAAGCUUCUCUGAUGUUAAACAUGUAAUGUGUGGUGUAUUGUAGGGCAGCUCUCUUGGCCCUCUACUCUUUUCUAUUUUUACCAAUGACCUGCCACUGGCAUUAAACAAAGCCUGUGUGUCUGUGUAUGCUAAUGAUUCAACCCUAUAUAUAACUGCCUUAAUGUUGCAGGACCCCAGGAAGAGUAGCUGCAAAUACUUAUUUUGCACCAAAAUUUGCAAAUAAAUCCAUUAAAAAUCCUACAAUGUGAUUUUCUGGAUAUUUUUUUCUCAUUUUGUCUGUCAUAGUUGACGUGUACCUAUGAUGAAAAUUACAGGCCUCUCUCAUCUUUUUAAGUGGGAGAACGUGCACAAUUGGUGGCUGACUAAAUACUUUUUUCCCCCACUGUAUAUAUGCGUCAGCAACCACAGCUAUUGAAAUCACUACAACCCUAAACAAAGAAUUGCAGUCAGUUUUAGAAUGGGUGACCAGUAAUAAACUGGUCCAGAACAUCUCUAAAACUAAGUGCAUUGUAUUUGGUACAAAUCAUUCCCUAAGUUCUAGACCUCAGCUGAAUCUGGUAAUGAAUGGUGUGGCUGUUGAGAAAAUUGAGGAGACUAAAUUACUUGGUGUUACCUUAGAUUGUAAACUGUCAUGUUCAAAACAUAUUAAUUCAAUGGUUGUAAAGAUUGGGAGAGAUCUGUCCAUGAUGCUCUGCUUUUUUGACACCACACUCUACAAAGCAAGUCCUGCAGGCUCUAGUUUGAUCUUAUCUUGAUUAUUGUCCAUUCAUCUGGUUAAGUGCUGCAAAGAAGGACCUAGUUAAGCUGCAGCUGGCCCAGAACAGAGCUGCACAUUUUGCUCUUCAUUGUAAUCAGAGGGCUAAUAUCAAUACUAUGCAUGCCAGCUCUUGGCUAAGACUUAAGGAAAGACUGACUGCAUCGCUUCAAUGUGUUGGAAAUUGCAAGUUGUCAACUUACACACAGCACUUACCCCACCAGACAUGACACCAGGGGUCUUUUCACAGUCCCCAGGUCCACAACAAAUUCAAGGAAACAUACAGUAUUAUACAGAGCCAUGAUUGCAUGGAACUCCCUUCUAUCUCAUAUAGUGCAAGUGAACAGCAAACCUGGUUUCAAAAAACAAAUAAAGCAACACCUCACGGCACAACGCCUCUCCCCCAUGUGACCUACUUGUUGUGUAUAUGUACUGACAUGUAUGUGUAACUGAUAGAUGCAAACACACACACACUACAUGGUAAUGUACAGUGGGGAAAAAAAGGUAUUUAGUCAGCCACCAAUUGUGCAAGUUCUCCCACUUAAAAAGACGAGAGAGGCCUGUAAUUUUCAUCAUAGGUACACGUCAACUAUGACAGACAAAAUGAGAAAAAUAAAUCCAGAAAAUCACAUUGAAGGAUUUUUAAUGAAUUUAUUUGCAAAUUAUGGUGGAAAAUAAGUAUUUGGUCAAUAACAAAAGUUUCUCAAUACUUUGUUAUAUACCCUUUGUUGGCAAUGACACAGGUCAAACGUUUUCUGUAAGUCUUCACAAGGUUUUCACACACUGUUGCUGUUAUUUUGGCCCAUUCCUCCAUGCAGAUCUCCUCCAGAGCAGUGAUGUUUUGGGGCUGUCGCUGGGCAACACAGACUUUCAACUCCCUCCAAAGAUUUUCUAUGGGGUUGAGAUCUGGAGACUGGCUAGGCCACUCCAGGACCUUGAAAUGCUUCUUACGAAGCCACUCCUUCGUUACCCAGGCGGUGUGUUUGGGAUCAUUGUCAUGCUGAAAGACCCAGCCACGUUUCAUCUUCAAUGCCCUUGUUGAUGGAAGGAGGUUUUCACUCAAAAUCACACGAUACAUGGCCCCAUUCAUUCUUUCCUUUACACGGAUCAGUCGUCCUGGUCCCUUUGCAGAAAACAGCCCCAAAGCAUGAUGUUUCCACCCCCAUGCUUCACAGUAGGUAUGGUGUUCUUUGGAUGCAACUCAGCAUUCUUUGUCCUCCAAACACGACGAGUUGAGUUUUUACCAAAAAGUGAUAUUUUGGUUUCAUCUGACCAUAUGACAUUCUCCCAAUCCUCUUCUGGAUCAUCCAAAUGCACUCUAGCAAACUUCAGACGGGCCUGGACAUGUACUGGCUUAAGCAGGGGGACACGUCUGGCACUGCAGGAUUUGAGUCCCUGGCGGCGUAGUGUGUUACUGAUGGUAGGCUUUGUUACUUUGGUCCCAGCUCUCUGCAGGUCAUUCACUAGGUCCCCCCGUGUGGUUCUGGGAUUUUUGCUCAACGUUCUUGUGAUCAUUUUGACCCCACGGGGUGAGAUCUUGCGUGGAGCCCCAGAUCGAGGGAGAUUAUCAGUGGUCUUGUAUGUCUUCCAUUUCCAAAUAAUUGCUCCCACAGUUGAUUUCUUCAAACCAAGCUGCUUACCUAUUGCAGAUUCAGUCUUCCCAGCCUGGUGCAGGUCUACAAUUUUGUUUCUGGUGUCCUUUGACAGCUCUAAAGUAUUUUGUCUGUAAUGUCUUUUUCGUUAUGUUUCGGGACCCAGUAAGACUAGCUGUCACCAUUGGCGUCGGCUAAUGGGGAUCCUAAUAAAAUCAACAACAACAAAAAAACGUGCUCUUGGGCCUCCCGAGUGGUGCAGCGGUCUAAGGCACUGAAUCACAGUGCUAGACGCGUCACUGCAGACCCGGGUUCGAUCCUGGAUUGUAUCACAACCGGCCGUGAUCAAGGAGUCCAAUAGGGCGGCGCACAAUUGGUCCCAGCAUCGUCCAGGUUAGGGGAGGGUUUGGCUAGUGGGGGCUUUACUUGGCUCAUUGCGCUCUAGCGACUCCUUGUGGCGGGCCGGGCGCCUGUAGGCUGACCUCGGUCGUCAGGUGAACAGUGUUUCCUCCUACACAUUGGUGCGGCUGACUUCCGGGUUAAACGGGUGGGUGUUAAGAAGCGCGGUUUGGCGGGUCAUGUUUUCGGAGGAUGCAUGACUGGACCUUCGCCCCCCACCCUUUUUAUUUUGCUCUCUCCCUCUCCCUCUCUCUCUCUCUCUCUCUCUCUCUCUCUCUCUCUCUCUCUCUCUCUCUCUCGCUCUCUCUCUCUCUCUCUCUCUCUCUCUAUUUCUUUCUCUAUACUGCCCUCUCUCUCUUCCUUGCAAUCUCUCUCUUGCCCCCCCCCUCUCUCUAAGGGAAACUACUGAGCUACUGUAGCAUCCAGCCUCAACUCUGACUCAUCUGUAUGUAAGAUUGCUUUCACUACACAAUCUUUCUCUUAUAGUCUGUGACCCCAAAACACACAGCCUUACAUGCUUAGGUCAGGGUCACGGAUAAAGAGAGUGAUCUGUGAAUCAAAUGACUGAAUGUGUCAAAUACACUUAGCAGGAUGGUGAGAAUUAGUGAGUCAAAAUGCCACAUUACAUCUUUAAAACCUCACUUACAGGGGUAAUAAAAAACAUAGAAAUAGUGCACAUUGAACAGCUAUACCGCUUCUUAGAAUCACUUUCAAUGCGAAGAUGUUUAAUUGAUUUAGCAAAUGGAGUUUGAAUAUGAUUAUCCAUGCUUAGCUAAUCAAAGUCAACGUAAAACAAUUUGGUGCAGGUUCACGAGGGGGUGCGUUGAGACAACGUUUCCCUGUCGUUGGUUCUAUGUUUGCCAGACCGGCCUGAGGGCUCUCAGUACCGGUUUGGACAGUAUGAGCUGUCAGUUUGUGUUCUGUUCUCACCUUGUACUCUCCCUGGGACAAAUCUGUGGCAUCUCUGUCUGAAGAGAUCAGCUUUAGACUAGACUAUUUGCCUCAACCAAGGCAUUAUUCCUCCAAAACAAUAGAACAGUCAUUUAUCCAUUCAUAUUUUGAUAUCUACUUUUGCCCUUCAUUACCAUGUAAUUAAUGAGCUACAUAAUCACCAUUAUCAUCAACUCAUAUGUUAUAACAACCAGUCAGUCAACACACUGCUAUUAGGUCAUAUACACAAUAUAUACAAAAGUAUGUGGACACCCCUUCAAAUUAGUGGAUUCGGCUAUUUCAGCCACACCCGUUGCUGACAGGUGUAUAAAAUCGAGCACACAGUAAUGCAAUCUCCAUAGACAAACAUGGGCAGUAGAAUGGCCUUACUGAAGAGCUCAGUGACUUUCAACGUAGCUCUGUCAUAGGAUGCCACAUUUCCAAGUCAGUUCCUCAAAUUUCUGCCAUGCUAGAGCUGCCCCGGUCAACUGUAAGUGCUGUUAUUGUGAAGUGGAAACGUCUAGGAGCAACAAAUGCUCAGCAGCAAAGUGGUUGGCCACACAAGCUCACCGAACGGGACCCUCGAGUGCUGAAGCGCGUAAAAAUUGUCUGUCCUCGGUUGCAACACUCACUACCAAGUUCCAACUGCCUCUGGAAGCAACGUCAGCACAAUAACUGUUAGAUUGGAGCUUCAUGAAAUGGGUUUCCAUGGUCGAGCAGUCACACACAAGCCUAAGAUCACCAUGCGCAAUUCCAAGCGUCGGCUGGAGUGGUGUAAAGCUCGCCGCCAUUGGACUCUGGAACAGUGGAAACAUGUUCUCUGGAGUGAUGAAUCACGCUUCACCAUCUGGCAGUCCAACGGAUGAAUCUGGGUUUGGCGGACACCAGUAGAACGCUACCUGCCCAAAUGCGUAGUGCCAACUGUAAAGUUAGGUGGAGGAGGAAUAAUGGUCUGGGGCUGUUUUUCAUGGUUCGGGCUUGGCCCCUUAGUUCCAGUGAAGAGAAAUCUUAAUGCUACAGCAUACAAUGACAUGCUAGACGAUUCUGUGCUUCCAACCUUGUGGCAACAGUUUGGGGAAGGCCCUUUCCUGUUUCAGCAUGACAAUGCCCCCGUGCACAAAGCGAGGUCCAUACAGAAAUGGUUUGUCGAGAUCGGUGUGGAAGAACUUGACUGGCCUGCACAGAGCCCUGACCUCAACUCCAUCGAACACCUUUGGGAUGAAUUGGAACGCUGACUACGAGCCAGGCCUAAUCGCCCAACAUCAGUGCCCAACCUCACAAAUGCUCUUGUGGCUGAAUGGAAGCUAGUCCCCACAGCAAUGCUCUAACAUCUAGUGGAAAGCCUUCCCAGAAGAGUGGAGGCUGUUAUAGCAGCAAAGGGGGGACCAACUCCAUAUUAAUGCCCAUGAUUUUGGAAUGAGAUGUUCGACAAGUAGGUGUCCACUUACUUUUGGUCAUGUAGUGUACCAUCAUAGACGUCUUAGAUUGUGUUGAUUUGAUUUAAAUUGCAUUGGUGUGUUGGUGCAGGGAAGGGCUUUCUGUCUGUCUGUGGGUAGUGAGAGGUGCUGCAGCUCCCCUGAGGCAAGAGUAACUGGGAGUAACAGGGAGGGAGGCUGUUAAGCGGGAUCUGGUCCAGGUGUCUGUGGCUCCCUCUCUGGGCUCCGGAAUGCUGUCCGGUUCGGAAUGCGUGCCAUAAUGUGUCGUGUCUCAGCCUAUCUUCUCGCUUUAAUGAGAAUGUGUCUAUUUGACUGGAAAGCUGUCAGACCCUGUUAACCAUGCAGGGUGAUAGGAGCUCCGAGAGGGUUUCAACUGUUCCUGUUCGCUCUGUAUCGGGGAGGGCGGUUGAGGGGGGCUCAUUUCGAAGAUGAAGGGAGUGGAACAUUUUAAGCCGAGAGGGGAGGAGAUGUUGAGGGAGAGUAUUAUAUUUCUGCUCCUUUGUGUUGCAUUUCAUCCCUUAAGUCAAUCAAGUGGUAGUCAAUUGAAAAUUGUGGAUUAGUCAUAACUGUACAUGUUUAUUAGUGUUUAUAUUUUACAAAAGUUUGCUGCUGUGAUCUUGCGUCUAAUUCUGUCUGUGUCUGUCCCUCUGUAGCUACAGUGUGUACUGCCUGCUGGGUGAUGGGGAGAUGUCUGAGGGCUCGGUGUGGGAGGCAAUGGCCUUUGCCUCCUACUACCAGCUGGACAACCUGGUUGCCAUCCUGGACAUCAACCGUCUGGGCCAGAGUGACCCAGCUCCCCUGCAGCACCAUGUGGAGAAGUACCAGAAACGCUGCGAAGCCUUCGGGUGAGUACUGGGAGAAAGUCUGUCCUAGAAAAUGUGUGGCCUAGAGACCAUGAAAGUGGGCCUGAGAAUGUAAAUUACUCCCACCAAUCUUCCCUGGUGUGUGCAUGUGUUUGUAGGUGGAAUGCCAUCAUUGUGGAUGGGCACAGUGUGGAGGAGCUGACUAAGGUUCUGAGCCAACCCCGUCAUCAGCCCACCGCCAUCAUAGCCAAAACCAUCAAGGGCAAGGGAAUCCCAGGUACACACUCCCCUACAGUAAUACACCUCAACAGAUACCCAAUCCCAUGCGCCCCUAUAGGUACUAGUACAGACGGGUUCACCCAGACUAACCAAACCCUAAUACUAUACCAGGGGGAUGAGAUGGAAACCCUGCUAGCAGCACCGCCUUUUCCUGCAAUAUACUAACACCGCUUGAUUUGGAUACUGAAAGACUCCCCUCUACCCAUUCACAUUCAAAUAUAUCUGGGGUGCUCGGCUGCUGCUUUAUCAUCAAUACCUACUACCAAACCCCACUAAUCCUAAAAUCCAAAAGGUAUAAUCUGUGCCUGUCCCUUAAAAUACAUAAAGUUAUGUCUGAUAGACCCGAAUCAGCCCUGCCUGUCUUCUAUAAGGGGCACCUAAACCAGUGGUAAUCCAGGCAGUGCUUUAGAGCAUUAGCUGCAGCAGCCUAUUAAUCCCUCAGAAUGUGUAGGAUAUACUCAGAUCACUGGCCUUUGUCUGGCUGUUGUCAUAAGAAUAUGGCUUUUGAUGUGGAGCCCUGACCUAUAGAAUUGUCUUUGAUGGCCACUCAUGUGUAAGGCUUUGUGAUGAGAGAGGGGGGCGUUGAGGAAUAUGUAAUUUACGACAAUUUGAUGCUGAUAUCAUGUCAAACAGAUAUAUAAAAUAAGCAGAUUGUCCACCAAUCAAUGCACUGCUUAUCAAAUCAAAUCACAUUUUAUUUGCCACAUGCGCCGAAUACAACAGGUGUAGACAUUACAGUGAAAUGCUUACUUACAAGCCCUUAACCAAAAAUGCAGUGUUUAAGAAAAAAAAAGAAUGUUAAAUAAAAAAUAGAUAAGGAAAAAAUUAAAAAUAAUUAAAGCAGCAGUAAAAUAAAAUAACAGUAGGGAGGCUAUAUACAGGGGGUACCGGUACAGAGUCAAUGUGCGGGGGCACCGGUUAGUCGAGGUAAUUGAGGUAAUAUGUACAUGUGGGUAGAGUCAUUGUGACUAUGCAUAAAUAAUAAUCAGAGUAGCAGCAGCGUAAAAGAGGGGGUUGGGGUGGGGUGGGGUGGGGGGGCAAUGCAAAUAGUCUGGGUAUCCAUGAUUAGCUGUUCAGGAGUCUUAUGGCUUGGCGGUAGAAGCCUUUUGGACCUAGACUUGGCGCUCCGGUACCACUUGCCGUGCGGUAGCAGAGAGAACAGUCUAUGACUAGGGUGGCUGGAGUCUUUGAUAAUUUUUAGGGCCUUCCUCUGAUACCGCCUGGUAUAGGGGUCCUGGAUGGCAGGAAGCUUGGCCCCAGUGAUGAACUGGGCCGUACGCAAUACCCUCUGUAGUGCCUUGCGGUUGGAGGCAGAGCAAUUUCCAUACCAGGCUGUGAUGCAACCAGUCAGGAUGCUCUCGAUGGUGCAGCUGUAUAACUUUUUGAGGAUCUGAGGACCCAUGCCAAAUCUUUUCAGUAUCCUGAGGGGGAAUAGGCUUUGUCGUGCCCUCUUCACGACUGUCUUGGUGUGUUUGGACCAUGAUAGUUUGGUGAUGUGGACACCAAGGAACUUGAAGCUCUCAACCUGCUCCACUACAGCCUGUCGAUGAGAAUGGGGGCGUGCUCAGUCCUCUUUUUUUUCCAGUAGUCCACAAUCAUCUCCUUUGUCUUGAUCACGUUGAGGGAGAGGUUGUUAUCCUGGCACCACACGGCCAGGUCUCUGACCUCCUCCCUAUAGGCUGUCUCAUCGUUGUCGGUGAUCAGGCCUACCACUGUUGUGUCGUCGGCAAACUUAAUGAUGGUGUUGGAGUCAUGCCUGGCCAUGCAGUCAUGGGUGAACCGGGAGUACAGGAGGGGACUGAGCAUGCACCCCUGAGGGGCCCCCAUGUUGAGGAUCAGCGUGGCAGAUGUGUUGUUACCUACCCUUACCAUCUGGGGGCGGCCCGUCAGGAAUUCCAGGAUCCAGUUGCAGAGGGAGGUGUUUAGUCCCAGGAUCCUUAGCUUAGUGAUGAACUUUGAGGGCACUAUGUUAUAUACAUACUAAAGCCGUAUUUGCUGGGUGUGAGGUAGUGUGAUGUCUGUCUGUCUGUGUGUGUGUAUUUCAUCAUGUUCUCUGUGUGUGUUAUAGCUGCGGAGGACAAGAUGGGCUGGCAUGGGAAGCCCGUGCCCAAGGAGAUGGCUGAGGGGGUGAUGAAGGACAUCCAGGCGCGCAUCAUGAACAGCAACAAGCGGCUGUACCCCGCCACGCCCACUGAGGACGCCCCACCCGUCAGCCUGCGCAACGUCCGCAUGCCCAGCGCACCCAGCUACAAACUCGGAGAGAAGGUGUGUGCGUACGUGCGUGUAGUUGAGAGAGAGAGAGAGCAAGAGCGUUAGAUAGAGAGAGAUGCUUUAAGUCCUGGAACAAGGCACAGGCACUAUCUUGACUUACAUGAUGGUGAUGGACUGCUACAUUGACCUGUGUUUUUAAUGAACUAACCCAUUGGUUGUGUUUGGCUCCAGAUUGCCACGCGGAAGGCCUAUGGCAUGGCUCUGGCUAAGCUAGGCCGCUACAACAAGCAUGUGGUGGCUCUGGAUGGAGACACCAAGAACUCCACCUUCUCUGAGCUCUUUAAGAACGAGCACCCCGAACGCUACGUCGAGUGCUACAUUGCCGAGCAGAACAUGGUAAGCUUAGCUGACACCCAAUGCCACAUAUCUGACCUGAGUCUAGGGCUAGUAGGCUGAACUGAAGUGUACUGCUCACAAAAUCUUCUUUUUUUUUUUACGAAUAAUGAUACGCUGUUAUUGAUAGCACUAUGUGACAUCAACCCAAAAUGACCAUCAAAGUUCCAUCCAGACCAUUCGAACUGUAGGCCUGCAUGUCUUUGUAUUUGAACGGCUGUAGAAUGACACACAACUCAGCUUUAUCCAUCACUAUAGUCUAAACCGGCCUCUUCUGCUUCUUCCCACCCUCUAUCUGAAUGAUUCGCCUCUGACACACAGAGUGCCACACCCCCACUUCUAGGGCCUGAAUCCUUCUACCCUUCCUGCCUGAUUGGCUAAGAGACUUAGACUCAUUCGUAAUGUCUCGGCUAGAUUCCAGUGGCAGUUCCUUCAGAGGCAUCAUUAGCAGGUUUAAUGGAGAUGUAUUGUGGCCUGUGACUAGUUGUGACUCCCACACACACAAUAGAGAAGUAAAAUAUAGGUCAGAUGUUAUUUAGAUGAAUUAAUGAUUUACGCUCGUCAUGCUGUCACAUCAAAUAUGAAUAUUAUUAAGGGAUUGGAACAUUGUAAUGCUCUGUUGGCUUUCUAAGUAUCUAAGUAACGAUGCUCUAUGCUAGCUAACGACACACUUUGCUUUGCUGUACCUAAUGUACAUGGCAUUGUUUAAACCACCAAUGUACUGUAUUUUCGUGAGUAAAAGCUCUCACUGACAAUGUCUCACACAGGCCCCAUCCCCUUAGCAAGGCCUCAUGGGGAAUGGGAUUUCUCAGGGCUAACAGGAAAUGAAAUGGGACAAAUAUAAAAUCUCCGCCAUAUGAAUUGAAAGAUGAUGGCUCCCUCCUUAUGAGUCUAAGGAAUGACGUGAGGCACUUUGGGCAGAAUGUGAGAACACAAGUUGCUCAGGCUUCUAUGUGGUAUUUUAAUCAUGAACACCGCUUUCCUCCCUCUCCUCGUCUGUCAGGUGAGCAUUGCAGUGGGCUGUGCCACGCGGGACCGUAACGUGGUGUUCGCCAGCACCUUCGCCACCUUCUUCACACGUGCCUACGACCAGCUUCGCAUGGCCGCCAUCUCCGAGAGCAACAUCAACCUGUGUGGCUCCCACUGCGGUGUGUCAAUCGGUCAGUCCGCCCACUGACCUUUGACCCCCCCCCCUAGUGACUUGUCUGUGUAAUGACCCCUGUGACUUCCUCACUGUGACCCUGACGUAGCUCUCAGCACUUGUUCCUCUGGGACUGAUUCAGCCCACUGCAGAAGACUUGGCUUACUGUCACACAGUACUAACACAGUGCUUCCCCUAACACUGUUUAGGCGGAUAGGGCAUUUGGCUUCAGUUGGUUUCGAUUGAACGUUUUGGUAACACUCCUGCAGUGGGUUGAAUCGUUCCCUUGUAAUUGACCUCGUGUCGUAUAAUCCUGUAUUAUUUCCUGAAUCCUGAACUUUGAUUUUGUUUCUUCACACUUCCUUCCAUCUACCACUGUAUCAGUGUGGCUCCGGCCAGCACUCGUUCCCUCCCUCCCUCUCUCUCUCUCUGUGUCAUGGAAGUGGUGGUGGCGGGGCGGCCAGGUUUCCUUUUGGUUCGUCAGGUACAUUGCAUGCCCACGCCGACUCGCCCCACUGAACGCAUGCCAGUCCUGUAGCUUUCACUUUCAGCCAGCCCAAACACCCCAAGUGCUGUUCUAUCAGACGUGUGUGUAUGUGUUCUAGGAGAGGAUGGUCCUUCUCAGAUGGGCCUUGAAGACAUUGCCAUGUUCAGAGCCAUUCCCACGGCAACCAUUUUCUACCCUAGCGAUGGUGUGUCCGCUGAAAAAGCUGUGGAGCUGGCCGCCAACACAAAGGUACUCCGCACCCCCUCUGUCACAUCUGCCUCUUGCUUUGCGCUCACUCUGCAAUAUCUUGGGUUCACACAGCUGCUGAGUAUGGCUCUGUUUAGUAAACCUGUCUGACAAAUGACAAGGUAAUGAAAGUCCAGAGGCUGAUUGACAUGUUCCAUCUGUGUUUCAGGGUGUGUGUUUCAUCAGAACCAGUCGCCCAGAGAACGCUGUUCUUUACAACAGCAACGAGGACUUCCAUGUGGGACAGGCAAAGGUAUGGAGACCAAUGAUAGCUGAGAUCUACUAUACACACUGACUAAUUAAAGGGCCAAUGCAGCUGUUUUUAUCUCAAUAUCAAAUCAUUUCUGGGUAACAGUUUAGUAACUUACUGUGAUUGUUUUCAAUUAAAAUGGUCAAAAUGGAACAGAAAUAGCUUCUUAGAAAAAUUCAAUAUAUCAAGUAAGAAUUUUGCUAGGACUGUCUAAGAGAGGGGCCUAAUUGGAGGAGUCUAUUGGGAGGGAUGUGUAACCUGAAAACUAGCUGUUAUUGGCAGAGAGGAGGGCAAACUCUCUUUGCUAUUGGUCUAUUAACUUACAGUAUACAAAAAGCUCCACCCAGCCAAACAAGCUGACAUUUCAGGCCUUUUCAAACAGUUCUUACACGAAAAGUGCAUUAUCAGAAUUUUCACAAUUUCAUAGUAUUAUUCCAACCUCAUAGUGUGGAAAUAUAUAUAUUUUUGAAAUGUACUGCAAUGCUCCUUUAAAGACUUACAACUGUCUUAAAGUACUUACAUGCUUGCUAAAUUAUUUUCAUUUGAAUAUGCCUAGAAAAUAGAAACCUCAAUCCCCUGUCCACCAGGUUGUGUACAAGACCAACGAUGAUCAUGUGACAGUGAUUGGAGCGGGCGUGACCCUUCAUGAGGCACUGGCAGCUGCUGAAAUGCUAAAGAAAGGUACAGAACCAUAAUUUCGGAAAGUUACAUAGAUCCGUCACUGUAACUCAGUCUAUAUUAUACAUUCGCUGUUAGCAAAUGUGCUCUUUACCCAGGCACUGAUGGCAUCAACGUCUUCUGAGUGACACAUGCACACACACACACAUGCACACACACACACAAACAUGCGCACACACACACACAAACAUGCACACAAGCACACACAUACUGACACUUUGUUGUGAGACUUGUCCCACUAAGGCAUUGGACUGUUCAGCAUGAUCUGGAGCAGGGACAACUGGUGGCAGCCCCCAUUUUGAAGGCCCCAUGUAGCUCAGUUGGUAGAGCAUGGCGCUUGCAACGCCAUGGUUGUGGGUUCGAUUCCCACGGGGGGCCUGUAUGAAAAUGUAUGCACUCACUAACUGUAAGUCACUCUGGAUAAGAGCGUCUGCUAAAUGACUAAAAUGUAAAUGUAAAAUGAUAUACAGUGCAUUCGGAAAGUAUUCAGACCAACUUCACUUUUUUCACAUUUUGUUACAUUACAGCCUUAUUCUAAAAUGUAUUAAAUAGUUUUUUCCCCUCAUCAAUCUGCACACAAUACCCCAUAAUGACAAAGAAAAAACAGGUUGUAAAACAUUUUAGCAAAAUAAAACCCCGGAAAUAUUACAUUUACAUAAGUAUUCAGACCCUUUACUCAGUACUUUGUUGAAGCACCUUUGGCAUCGAUUACAACCUUGAGUCUUCUUGGGUAUGACGCUACAAGCUUGGCACACCUGUAUUUGGGGAGUUUCUCCCAUUCUUCUCUGCAGAUACUCUCAAGCUCUGUCAGGUUGGAUGGGGAGCGUUGCUGCACAGCUAUUUUCAGGUCUCUCCAGAGAUGUUAGAUUGGGUUCAAGUCCAGGCUCUGGCUGGGCCACUCAAGGACAUUCAGAGACUUGUCCCGAAGCCACUCCUGCGUUGUCUUGGCUGUGUGCUUAGGGUCGUUGUCCUGUUGGAAGGUGAACCUUCGCCCCAGUCUGAGGUCCUGAGCUCUCUGGAGCAGGUUUUCAUCAAGGAUCUCUCUGUACUUUGCUCCGUUCAUCUUUCCCUCAUACCUGACUUGUCUCCCAGUUCCUGCCGCUGAAAAACAUCCCCACAGCAUGGUCCUGCCACCACCAUGCUCACCGUAGGGAUGGUGCCAGGUUUCCUCCAGAUGUGACGCUUGGCAUUCAGGCAAAAGAGUUCAAUCUUGGUUUCAUCAGACCAGAGAAUCUUGUUUCUCAUGGUCUGUGUCCUAUAAGUGCCUUGUGGCAAACUCCAAGACUGUCAUGUGCCUUUAACUGAGGAGCGGCUUUAAUCUGGCCACUCUACCAUAAAGGCCUGAUUGGUGGAGUGCUACAGAGAUGGUUGUUCUUCUGGAAGGUUCUCUGUCAGAGUGACCAUCAGGUUGUUGGUCACCUCCCUGACCAAGGCCCUUCUCCCCUGAUUGCUCAGUUUGGCCGAGCGGCCAGCUCUAGGAAGAGUCUUGGUGGUUCCAAACUUCUUCCAUUUAAGAAUGAUGGAGAACACUGUGUUCUUGGGGACCUUCAAUGCUGCAGACAUUUUUUGGUGCCCUUUCCCAGAUCUGUGCCUCGACACAAUCCUGUCGGAGCUCUAUGGACAAUUCCUUCAACCUCAUGGCUUGGUUUUUGCUCUGACAUGCACUGUCAACUGUGGGACCUUAUAUAGACAGGUGUGUGCCUUUCCAAAUCAUGUUCAAUUAAUUGAAUUUACCACAGGUGGACUCCAAUCAAGUUGUAGAAACAUCUCAAGGAUGAUCAAUGGAAACAGGAUGCACCUGAGCUCAAUUUCGAGUCUCAUAGCAAUGGGUCUGAAUACUUAUGUAAAUAAGUGUUUUUUAUUUUUUAAUACAUUUGCAAAAAUGUCUAAACCUGUUUUCGCUUUGUCAUUAUGGGGUAUUGUGUGUAGAUUGAUGAGGGAAAAAAAUAACUGAAUCAAUUUUAGAAUAAGGCUGUGGAAAAAGUGAUGGUCUGAAUACUUUCCGAAUGCACUGUGUGUGUGUGUUGUGUAUAUAUAUAUACAUUGGACACACCUACUCAUUCAAGGGUUUUUCUUUAUUUUUACUAUUUUCUACAUUGUAGAAUAAUAAUGAAGACAUCAAAACUAUGAAAUACCACAUAUGGAAUCAUGUAGUAAACAAAAAAGGGUUAAACAAAUCAAAAUAUAUGUUAUAUUUAAGAUUCUUCAAAUAGCCACCCUUUGCCUUGAUGACAGCUUUGCACACUCUUGGCAUUCUUCACCUGGAAUGCUUUUCCAACUGUCUUGAAGGAGUUCCCACAUAUGCUGAGCACUUGUUGGCUGCUUUUCCUUCACUCUGCCGUCCGACUCAUCCCAAACCAUCUCAAUUGGGUUGAGGUCUUGGGAUUAUGGAGGCCAGGUCAUCUGAUGCAGUACUCCAUCACUCUCCUUCAUGGUCAAAUAGCCCUUAAACAGCCUGGAGGUGUGUUGGGUCAUUGUCCUGUUGAAAGACAAAUGAUAGUCCCACUAAGCCCAAACCAGAUGUGAUGGCGUAUUGCUGCAGAAUGCUGUGGUAGCCAUGCUGGUUAAGUGGGCCUUGAAUUCUAAAUAAAUCACAGACAGUGUCACAAGCAAAGCACCCCCAUAACAUAAAACCUCCUCCUCCAUGAUUUACGGUGGGAACUACACAUGCGGAGAUCAUCCGUUCACCCACACUGCGUCUCACAAAGACACAGCGGUUGGAACCAAAAAUCUCCAAUUUGGACUCCAGACCAAAGGACACAUUUCCACCGGUCUACUGUCCAUUGCUUGUUUCUUGGCCCAAGCAGGUCUCUUCUUCUUAUUGGUGUCCUUUGGUAGUGGUUUCUUUGCAGCAAUUCGACCAUGAAGGCCUGAUUCACAGUCCCCUUUGAACAGUUGAUGUUGAAAUGUGUCUGUGACUUGAACUCUGUGAAGCAUUUAUUUGGCCUGCAAUUUCUGAGGCUGGUAACUCUAAUGAACUUAUCCUCUGCAGCAGAUGUAACUCUGGGUCUUCCAUUCCUGUGGUGGUCCUCAUGAGAGACAGUUUCAUCAUAGCGCUUUAUGGUUUUUGCGACUGCACUUGAAGAAACUUUCGAAGUUCUUGACAUUUUCCGUAUUGACUGACACAACACAACUGAUUGGCUCAAACGCAUUAAGAAGGAAAGAAAUUCCACAAAUUAACUUUUAAGAAGGCACACCUGUUAAUUGAAAUGCAUUCCAGGCGACUACCUUAUAAAGCUGGUUGAGAGAAUGCCAAGAGCGUGCAAUGCUGUCAUCAAGGCAGAGGGUGGCUGUUUGAAGAAUCUCAAAUAUGACGUAUAUUUUGAUUUGUUUAACACUUUUUUGGUUACUACAUGAUUCCAUAUGUGUUAUUUCAUAGUUUUGAUGUCUUCACUAUUAUUCUACAAUGUAAAAAUAAAGAAAAACCCUUGAAUGAGUAGGUGUGUCCAAACUUUUGACUGGUAGUGUAUAUGUGUUGUGACAAGGUAGGGGUUGGUAUACAGAAGAUAGCCCUAUUUGGUAAAAGACCAAGUCCAUAUUAUGGCAAGAACAGCUCAAAUAAGCAAAGAGAAACGACAGUCCAUCAUUGCUUUAAGACAUGAAGGUCAGUCAAUCCGGAAAAUGUCAAGAACUUUGAAAGUUUCUUCAAGUGCAGUCGCAAAAACCAUUAAGCGCAAUGAUGAAACUGGCUCUCAUGAGGACCACCACAGGAAUGGAAGACCCAGAGUUACCUCUGCUGCAGAGGAUAAAUUCAUUAAAGUUAACUGCACCUCAGAUUGCAGCCCAAAUAAAUACUUCACAGAGUUCAAGUAACAGACACAUCUCAACAUCAACUGUUCAGAGGUGACUGCGUGAAUCAGGCCUUCAUGGUCGAAUUAUUGCAAAGAAACCACUACUAAAGGACACCAAUAAGAAGAUGAGACUUGCUUGGGCCAAGAAACACAAGCAAUGGACAUUAGACCGGUGGAAAUCUGUCCUUUGGUCUGAUGAGUCCAAAUGUGAGAUUUCUGUUUCCAACCGCCGUGUCUUUGUGAGACACAGAGUAGGUGAACGGAUGAUCUCCACAUGUGUGGUUCCCACCGUGAAGCAUGGAGGAGGAGGUGUUAUAUGGUGUGGGGGUGCUUUGCUGGUGACACUGUCUGUGAUUUAUUUAGAAUUCAAGGCACAUAUAUAUAUAUAUAUAUAUUUUGCGGCCCCUCAUGAUGCGUUCAGAUUUUUUGUGUCCCCCACCAACAUCAAAGAUGCCUAUCACUGAUCUGGAGUAUAUGCCAACUGUAGUGGCUGAUAGUGGCACCCUUUAAAUAAGCAUUUACACCCCAACAACAGAGUCAGCGCUCCUGCCAUCUGUCUCCAGCAUUGACAAAAGUCUAGAUUUCAUUCUACUCUUUAUCUGGUAUUGGUUAGGAGGAAUUCUUAUUUUACAUUGACUGAGUGCUGUGUGUCCUUUUCUGUAGCUCGUUAUAUUACAGUGGGGAAAAAAAGUAUUUAGUCAGCCACCAAUUGUGCAAGUUCUCCCACUUAAAAAGAUGAGAGAGGCCUGUAAUUUUCAUCAUAGGUACACGUCAACUAUGACAGACAAAAUGAGAAAAAAAAUUCCAGAAAAUCACAUUGUAGGAUUUUUAAUGAAUUUAUUUGCAAAUUAUGGUGGAAAAUAAGUAUUUGGUCAAUAACAAAAGUUUCUCAAUACUUUGUUAUAUACCCUUUGUUGGCAAUGACACAGGUCAAACGUUUUCUGUAAGUCUUCACAAGGUUUUCACACACUGUUGCUGGUAUUUUGGCCCAUUCCUCCAUGCAGAUCUCCUCUAGAGCAGUGAUGUUUUGGGGCUGUCGCUGGGCAACACAGACUUUCAACACCCUCCAAAGAUUUUCUAUGGGGUUGAGAUCAGGAGACUGGCUAGGCCACUCCAGGACCUUGAAAUGCUUCUUACGAAGCCACUCCUUCAUUGCCCGGGCGGUGUGUUUGGGAUCAUUGUCAUGCUGAAAGACCCAGCCACGUUUCAUCUUCAAUGCCCUUGCUGAUGGAAGGAGGUUUUCACUCAAAAUCUCACGAUACAUGGCCCCAUUCAUUCUUUCCUUUACACGGAUCAGUCGUCCUGGUCCCUUUGCAGAAAAACAGCCCCAAAGCAUGAUGUUUCCACCCCCAUACUUCACAGUAGGUAUGGUGUUCUUUGGAUGCAACUCAGCAUUCUUUGUCCUCCAAACACGACGAGUUGAGUUUUUACCAAAAAGUUCUAUUUUGGUUUCAUCUGACCAUAUGACAUUCUCCCAAUCCUCUUCUGGAUCAUCCAAAUGCACUCUAGCAAACUUCAGACAGGCCUGGACAUGUACUGGCUUAAGCAGGCGGACACGUCUUGCACUGCAGGAUUUGAGUCCCUGGCGGCGUAGUGUGUUACUGAUGGUAGGCUUUGUUACUUUGGUCCCAGCUCUCUGCAGGUCAUUCACUAGGUCCCCCCGUGUAGUUCUGGGAUUUUUGCUCACCGUUCUUGUGAUCAUUUUGACCCUACGGGGUGAGAUCUUGCGUGGAGCCCCAGAUCGAGGGAGAUUAUCAGUGGUCUUGUAUGUCUUCCAUUUCCUAAUAAUUGCUCCCACAGUUGAUUUCUUCAAACCAAGCUGCUUACCUAUUGCAGAUUCAGUCUUCCCAGCCUGGUGCAGGUCUACAAUUUUGUUUCUGGUGUCCUUUGUCAGCUCUUUGGUCUUGGCCAUAGUGGAGUUUGGAGUGUGACUGUUUGAGGUUGUGGACAGGUGUCUUUUAUACUGAUAACAAGUUCAAACAGAUGCCAUUAAUACAGGUAACGAGUGGAGGACAGAGGAGCCUCUUAAGGAAGAAGUUACAGGUCUGUGAGAGCCAGAAAUCUUGCUUGUUUGUAGGUGACCAAAUACUUAUUUUCCACCAUAAUUUGCAAAUAAAUUCAUAAAAAAUCCUACAAUGUGAUUUUCUGGAUUUUUUUCCCUCAAUUUGUCUUUCAUAGUUGACGUGUACCUAUGAUGAAAAUUACAGGCCUCUCUCAUCUUUUUAAGUGGGAGAACAUGCACAAAUAGUGGCUGACUAAAUACUUUUUUUCCCCACUGUAUCUUGUGUUUCUCUCUCAGAGAGGAUCAACAUUCGAGUGAUUGACCCUUUCACCAUCAAGCCUCUGGACUCCAAGUCCAUCAUCGAGCACGCCAAGGCCACCAGGGGACGCAUCAUCACAGUAGAGGACCACUACUAUGAGGGUGGGUACUCUGCACACACAGGCUGCCUUCUGAACUCAGGUUAUCUUAUUCCAGUGGAAUAUGUGGUAGAGUGCCUCUGAGGUAUGUAGUAAUAUAUAUAACAUUAUGCAGUUGCCAGGCAUUCCAAUGAUUUGUGGUUAAUGCUCUCUGAUAUGAAAAAGAAAAUGUAUGCACUCACUAACUGUAAGUCGCUCUGGUUAAGAGCGUCUGCUAAAUGACUAAAAUGUAAAUGUAAAAUGAUAUUGAGAAGUGUCAUGGCUGCAGUAUUUGAGCAUGUGAAGAAGGAGGAGGAGAAGAGACUAGCGUCCCUCAGUGUUUUUCCACUUCAGCUCUGCUCUGGCCUUUGGGCUUUCACUGACCUAGAAAACAGGAAGGGGGAAAAACACAAGUCCAAAAGUGUGUGUGUGUGGUUUUAUUUUGGCGCAGUUGCCUUAUUUGUCCUUUGGGAUUUAUACAGUCCGUUGAUGGAACUUAACAAAGAAAUGAAUAAGCACAGCCAUGCCACAGUCAGCAUCUUAACAUUAACUAACCCCCAACCGAGAAAAACCAUGCCGUGACAACCCCCAAUCCCCACCCCCAUCUAUACAUGAGCAUGAAUAGUGCAUUAUGACAGGUGAGCAUGCAAGGACACGGUGGGGGAUGGGGGUGGGGGUCCACUCAGAGCCACAGGGGGUGGGAAGACCGUGUGUGAGGGAGAGGAAAGGGAGGCUGUGGUAGGGGCAUUAGAGGGGCUGUAUGGAGAGACCCAGGCCUCAAGGACCCUAAUAGUGCAGAUGGCUACUACAGUAGAGUGGUGGAACGCCCUCUCUCGCCCCCGGCUCCCCUUCGCCACCCCGGGCCUGAUUGUCAGUCAAUGAGUGGGUGGUGGCAUGCCUGUCGGGGAGGCUCAGGUCCCAGUGGUGCUCAGUGGGCCAUGGAGGUGUCAGUGAUACAGGGUCAGUGGAUUGGAAGACAAAGUCGAUGUAUCAAUCGGACUGACUGGCCAGCUACUGUACAUGCUGUACAACACAGCGGGGCUUCACUGGACAAAGACAGACCGCUCAGCAAGACGGACACAAAUGAGUUAGAGAAGGAUGUUAGAUAUGUAGUCUUAGCACUUAACACAUUUGUCCUAUGAAGACCCAGAAUAUAGCGCUCCCUAGUCUUACACUUUGUUACAAAUGUUGAUGUCAAAAGGGCUAUAAUAUAAAUGUGAUUGACUGACAUGUGGUUGUAAUUCUUUAGGUGGCCUGGGAGAGGCCGUGUGUUCUGCUGUGGUGAAUGAGAUCGGCUUCAAUGUGCACCGUUUGGCCGUGGCCCACAUUCCCCGCAGUGGCAAGCCCACCGAGCUCCUCAAGAUCUUCGGCAUCGACCGUGACACCAUCGCGCAGGCCGUCCGUAAGAUGCUCAGCAGCUCCGCAAAUGCCAAAUAG